UAUAAAGUGGUUUUUGUAAAUAAUUGCAAAUCCUCUCUUCUUCUUCUUCUUCUUCCUCUCCUUCUUCUUCUUCUUCUUCCUUUCUUUUCUUUUUUUGUUUUUUGUUUUUUGUUUUUUGUUUCUGUUUCCUCUCAGGCAAAACAACAAACACGCAGGAGGAUCUCAAGAGCUUCCACUCUUUUGGAUUUUGGCUAUGGCUUCGAAACGGAUCUUGAAAGAGCUCAAGGAUCUCCAGAAAGAUCCUCCUACGUCUUGCAGUGCAGGCCCAGUAGCUGAAGACAUGUUCCAUUGGCAAGCAACAAUUAUGGGCCCUCCUGACAGUCCUUAUGCUGGAGGAGUGUUUCUUGUCAACAUUCAUUUCCCUCCAGAUUAUCCGUUUAAACCACCCAAGGUUGCAUUCAGAACAAAGGUCUUUCAUCCCAAUAUCAACAGCAACGGUAGCAUAUGCCUCGACAUACUUAAGGAGCAGUGGAGCCCUGCAUUAACCAUUUCCAAGGUGUUACUUUCGAUCUGCUCGCUGCUAACGGACCCAAAUCCUGACGAUCCUUUGGUGCCAGAGAUUGCGCAUAUGUACAAGACUGACAGAAGCAAGUACGAAGCAACUGCCAGAAGCUGGACCCAGAAAUAUGCUAUGGGUUAGUGUUUGCUGCUUUGCUCUUUUAUUGUUGUUUAGAGGAGGGGCGGCUUCUUUCCCAAAUGGCCUUUUACUUGGAAUUAUAUCUUUGAAUCUGCUUCUUCUUUUCUCCAGUGGGGUUUAGGUAUGUUUCCCUCCUGAAAAAGAACAAAAAACGCUGCCUGUUCUAAAACUUGUUUGUAUGGAUAAACAAAUUUAUCUUUAAUCUUGAGAGUCUAUCCAAUAAAAACUUGGACCUACCCUAAUGCCCUUCAUGCUAAAA